CCGCCGCCCCUUAUGGCCAAGCCCCCGCCCCCUCCGCCAUGAUCCCCGCCACUCCCAUGAGCUCCAACCACACGCGCAACCUUAUUGGCAUGAACGCCGUCAACGCCUGUCGCCUCAACGACACCAAGAACAAGCCGGGCUUCUGGUUUGUCCUGCAGGACCUCAGCGUCCGCACAGAGGGCACCUUUCGCCUCAAGCUCUUCCUCUUCGACAUUGGCGCCAGCGAUGGCACAAACGCCACCGUCGCCGCAGACGGCCCCACGCGCGGCAAGGGCAAGUGCCUCGCCGUCAACUUCUCCGACCCCUUUACCGUCUACUCGGCAAAGAAGUUCCCCGGCGUCAUUGAGAGCACGCCGCUCAGUAAAUGCUUUGCCCAGCAGGGCAUCAAGAUUCCCAUUCGCAAAGAUGGCCCCAAACUCCCUAAUCAAGCAGAGUAUGAUGCCGAUGAUUAAUGCUGUAAUUACUAGUGCGCUUUCGCUACGAAUAAACAAAAUUCCCAUUCUUCCAAAAUAGACUUGAAAUAACUACUUCAAAACACUAAAAGAUUAUAGUUGAAAAGUAGAUAGCUCAUGAUACAUAGACUUACUAUCACAACGUGACUACAAUAUACCUUUUUCCACCUAG